AUGGCCAGGACACUGCUCAUCUCCUUGGUCAGCUGUCUCUUCACUGUAAAUCAGGCCAGAAUCGUGCACUGCUGUGACCUGGCAAAGCUGCUCUAUAAAGAAGACAUGAACGGGCUACAGGGCUACUCCGUGAGUGACUGGCUGUGCUUGGCUUUGGUGGAAAGCAAGUUCAACACAUCAAAGAUAAGUGAAAAUGCAGAUGGCAGCUUCGACUACGGCAUCUCCCAGAUCAACAGCCACUGCUGGUGCAAUGAUUAUCCGAGUUGCUCGGAAAACCUUUGCCACGUGGACUGCUUAGAACUCCUGGAACCUAAACUUCUUUCAAGCAUCAAAUGUGUGAAAAGGAUUUUGUUCGAAGAAGGGGGUUUGAAGAACUGGAUACAAUGGAAGCUGCCCUGUUCGGAGCCCCGUGCAUCAGUGAAGAGAACUCAAGUUCCUGGUUGUCAUUUGCAAAUGAAGAGGGCCACACAGAAGAAGUUCCUUUAUCUUUAA